UGUACCAGUUUUUGUAUUGCAUUUAUUACAAAACAACACACACACACACAACACAACAUAAAAUAUAAAAGUUAUAUAUUUGAGCGAGCUUAAGCUAUUGUGAGAUUAUUUACUGCCGUCGUUGCACUAUAUAAACAUAUCUUUGAGAUCAAGUUUUUGUAAUCUAAACAACAAAAACAAUAAUAACAACAACAACAACUGCUGCAUUUCACGCCCACGCAAGCGAAAGCAAAACAUAAAAAGCAAAAAUGAAAUCAAAGCUGAAAACUACGUCGCCGUCGACUAACGGAACUCUGCUGUCAUCGAUGUUGUUAUUAAUUUUGCUGGUGGCCUCGGCCAUGGCUGCGCAAAUAACUGAAGAGAAAUCUGUGAAAGCUUCAUCGCCAACCUUAACAUCAGCACAGAAAGAUGAAAUUUAUAUCGAUGAGGAAGGCAUUGAUGGCUCCGGCGGACAUGGCGGUAUACACGAUGAUCUAGACAAGGAUUCGGACUAUUCUGGCUCUGGCUUUGGACCCGAUGACGAGGACGCCAUAACAGAUCAUCACCAGAGCUCGCAUAACUCGCGUGUCCACAACGUUAAUACAAACAGUAAGCAUAAUUCGAACGACAACGACAACGACCACAUCUCAAGUAGAGUCAACAAUCAUCAUAAUCAACUCGACAUCAACAACAGCAACAAUAAUAAUAAUUUCCUCAACAAUAAUAAUAAUAAUAAUAAUAAUCAUCAACUGCAAACGAAUAGUGGCACAAUCAUUGGUAGUAGCACCAACGCCAAUAAUAAUAAUCUCAACAAUCAAAUCAACAACAACAACAACGGCAUCAUCAGCAGUGGUAGUGACAUCAGCACAAUCGCAGCUCACACGACACCAACAACAACAGUACAAACCACUCCCACACCCACCACUCCCUCCACGUCCAGCAGCAGCAGCAGCACUAGCACCACCACCACAGAGCUUACUAGCAACGCCUCCUCCUCCUCCUCCACUAUUCCUGCCUCCUCUAAUCCCUCUAAUCCACAUCCCAGCCUUGGCUUCAAUGCAACCACCAGCACCACCACCACCACAACGCGCAAACCCUUGCCCAUUGAUGAUGAUGAGCUCGAGAUUGAGAGCAGCGGCGACGGCGCUCAUGAUCACCAUGAUGAGGAUGCAGAACCAGAUGAGGAUGAUGACGAAGAUGAUGAUGAGGAAGACGAGCAAGAUACAAUCGAUACGAAUCCAGCGAUCGAACUUCAUCCAACCCACAGCCAAACGCCCAAGGGCAGUGAAGAUGAUCACAUUAUCGAUUUGGAUGCCAAUACAGACGAAUCUCUGGGCGUGGGUCAUACGCAUGGCGGGGAUGAGGAUGAGGACGAGGAUGAGGGACUCUACACCGAAAUCAGUGUCAACAAGGAUGAUACCCAAGCAGCAGGCGGACCAGGUGGCAGCAGCAGCAGCAGCGGCGGCAUUGGCGGCAGCAGCACAAACGUGCACGAGUUGGAUCCAAACACAAACGUCAACAGCCAGCCCACAGACACAAAGAUUGUUGAGCACAGGCCCAGCGGCAGCGAAGUGGUCAUCAUGAGCGACGAGGAUCGCACCACCAGCUUCUUUGCGCAGCCCGGCAUACUGGCGGCUGUCAUUGGUGGCGCCGUUGUGGGGCUGCUUUGUGCCAUUUUGGUGGUCAUGUUCAUUGUCUACCGCAUGAGGAAAAAGGACGAGGGCUCCUAUGCCUUGGAUGAGCCCAAGCGCUCACCUGCCAACAACUCUUAUGCGAAAAAUGCGAAUAAUCGUGAAUUCUAUGCCUGAGAUAAUGGCCCAGCGCGCAGAUAUUAAGCUGAUUACAACGGCAAUGUGCGAUUCCAAAGACGUGCUGACCAGCGAGUAACAACAUGACAACAACAACCAACCAACAACCAACAACCAACAACAACAGCAACAGCAAAUUGUCAGCAGCAGUUUUUGACGUGUGUGGCAAUUUAAAUUGCAAUUUGAAUUUUGAUUAGUAAAGCUCAGCUCAAUAUACUGCGCGAACCAAAACUAAAAACACAACAACAACAUCUACAAAACCUAACAAACAAACAUUAAACAUAACAAAAAACAAAAAAAAUUAAGAACAACAACAACAACAUAAUAGAGAACUUUGAGAACACACAAUUUUUAGUGCGUGGGGUAAACAAAAUUUUCACAAAAAAAAAAAAACACUUAGUUGUAAGUUAAAUUGCGGCAAGCACACACACACACAUACACACAGUUGCACUUACAGCGCCAAAAACAAUUGAAAAAAAAAACAAGCUGUAUAUGUUUACGUGCGUGUGUGCGUGUUAAACUUUUCUAAUUAAGUACAUUUUAAGCAAAUUGUGUAAUACAUAGAAAGAAUGAAGUGAAAAAAAAA